AUGCAGGCAGCGCCCCCAGCGGCCGCGGGUCGGAUCUACACACUCAUAUUGAAACCUUCCCCACUCACCCUCACGUAUCUGUCAGCCCGUUGCGGCAGAAGCCCCGGCACCGGCGGACGCAGCAGCACUGGCGGCGGCGGUAGUGGCGGCGGCGGCGGCGUGAGCAUCUGGUUGGUGGAUGUUGCGGCUCUGGGUGGGCGAGCCUUUCAGCACCGCUCCGGGCUCGAUGGGGUGACCAGCCUCAAGAGGUUAUUGGAAGACCCGGUUGUGAUCAAGUACCUGUACGACGUACGUCGUGACGCCGAGGCACUAAGCUCUGAGUACGGUGUACGGCUGCGCGGCGUGGUGGAUCUGCAGCUGGCCGACGUGGCUGUACGGCAGGCCGAGGGCGGUUUGCGGGCUGGCGGUUGGGUGGAGGGGCUGGUUUCGGCGCUAUCCCGGGGCCUGGCGGCACGUGGUCGUGCCUCGGCGCCCCCCGGGAUGGCGGCUGACUUGGCGGCUGCGACAGCCACCUCCCGGCGCUACCAUGAAGGCAACAACACGCAGGUUUGGAUCUGGAUUUUGAAUUUUGGAUUGGAUCUGGAUCUGGAUCUAAUUCGGGAUCUUGUCUUGGGUUACCGUGGAAUCUCAAUGAGUACCUUUAAAACGCGUGAUUUGGAGAUAUGGGUUUUACCAGUUCCGUACACAUCGAUUGCGUCCUUUCAACAUCACAUCAUGCAUGUACACACACACGAAUUUACUGAGUGCAGAAAUGUGUUUUUAUAA